AUUUAGCUCCAUUUUAUCCCCAACAACCAAACACCAUCUUAAGCUGGCGCCUCUCCCCGAGGAGAUGGAGAAGUGCCCACCGCUUCCGCGUGCUCCGCCGCAGCAGGUUGCAGCGCAACCGGCGACGCCGACGAGACGAGACGAUCGAACGAAGGCCAAGCAACCUACGGUUCUCCCCGACGGCAAGAUGGAGGCGAAGCUGGACCGCAUCGCGGAGCAGCUGAAGGCGCUGCCCUUGCUCAGCCAGGUGGUCGAGGGGCACCAACAUCGCCUCGAGGAGCUGUCCAAGCAGAUCGCCGUUGCGGCGGCGCUGGUGGAGGACGUGAAGAAGGAGCAGGCGGCGGCGGCGGCGUCGCGCGCCGCCAGGAUCGACGGCUACUCGGGAGGGUUCUUUCGUCUGGCGAAGCUGAAGUUCCCCACUUUCAGCGGGACGUUCCCGCGCCUGUGGAUCACCAAGUGCACGCGCUACUUCGAGUUCUACGGCAUGCCAAUGAAGAUGUGGGUUUCCUGGGCUUCGAUGCACAUGGAGGGGAUGGCUGAGCUGUGGAUGAUGACCUAUGAGAAGCGCCAUGAGCGUGAUUGGGGUCGGUUCUGUGAGGCCGUGGAGGAGAGAUUUGGGCCCUAUGAUCACAAGCAGAAGCUCACGGCACUCUUGGAUCUGAGGCAGGAGGGGAUCAUGACAGUGAGCGAGUACAGAGACCAGUUCGAGGAGCGCUUGUACCAUGCCAAGCUGUUCGAUCCAGUCUCCAGCAACUGCUUCGACGUGGCAUUAUUCAUAAGAGGCCUGCGAGAAGAGAUCAGAGAUAGGAUGUGGCAGCAAACUCCUGCUACCGUGGAUGCUGCUGCCCAAUCGGCUCUGGUGCAAGAGGCGUUGUAUAACUUGGAAAUGCAGAGAGCUCAGAGGGACCCGUAUAAAGAAUGAGAUGCCGGCCUCUGUCGAUUUGCUCCGGUGAACUGUGGGAGUAGUGCUACUGUGUUGUUUUUAUCAUGUCGAUGGUCUUUGGUUCGAUUAUGCUGAUUAGUUUGAGGAAGGUCCUUGGGAAUUUUGGGAUUCAGUUAUUUCUAGCAUGUCGAUGGUCUUUGGUUCGAUUGUGGUGCUCAGUCUGAAGAAGGUCCUUAGGAUUUUUGGGAUUCAGUUAUGCGUUGCUUCUGAAGAUCUUGGUUAGUUGGUUAGAUGCGAAUUUUCAUUUAUCUCUUUGAAUGGCAAUUCUGGGGUUGAGUAAUUGCUUUUGCUUAAUGCCAAACUUUAAUUAGGUGAUCUUUAUGUUUAGCUCUCCUGUUUCUAUAGGUUUUUAUAUCGCAAUUAUCUUAGGCAGGUCGGAUCAUUAUAUAUUCUAUAUUUAUUUUCAUGCA